AAGUGAGCCGCACGGCGCCGGAAGUGACCGACAGCGGCGGCCUCGUGAAGCGGACGGCAGCAUGGGGCAGUCGGGGAGGUCCCGGCACCAAAAGCGCGCGCGCGCCCAGGCGCGGCUCCGCAACCUCGAGGCUUACGCCGCACAACCGCAUUCGUUCGUGUUCACGCGCGGCAGCGCGGGUCGCAGCGUCCGGCAGCUCAGCCUGGACGUGCGUCGGGUCAUGGAGCCGCUCACCGCCACCCGCCUGCAGAUCCGCAAGAAGAACUCACUGAAGGACUGUGUGGCAGUGGCUGGGCCCCUUGGGGUCACACACUUCCUGAUCCUGAGCAAAACAGAGACCAGUGUCUACUUUAAACUGAUGCGCCUUCCAGGAGGCCCCACUUUGACCUUCCAGAUCAACAAGUAUACACUGGUGCGUGAUGUGGUCUCCUCGCUGCGCCGGCACCGCAUGCAUGAGCAGCAGUUUGCCCACCCUCCUCUCCUGGUGCUUAACAACUUUGGCCCUCAUGGCAUGCAUGUGAAGCUUAUGGCCACCAUGUUCCAGAACCUGUUCCCCUCCAUCAACGUGCACAAGGUGAAUCUGAACACCAUCAAGCGCUGCCUUCUCAUCAACUACAACGCCGACUCCCAGGAGCUGGAUUUCCGCCAUUAUAGCAUCAAAGUGGUUCCUGUGGGUGCAAGUCGAGGGAUGAAGAAGCUCCUGCAGGAGAAGUUCCCCAACAUGAGCCGCCUGCAGGACAUCAGUGAGCUGCUGGCCACGGGCGCAGGGCUUUCGGAGAGUGAGGCGGAGCCUGAUGGUGAACACAACAUUACCGAGCUGCCCCAGGCCGUCGCAGGGCGUGGCAACAUGCGGGCCCAGCAGAGCGCUGUGCGGCUCACUGAGAUCGGUCCCCGGAUGACGCUGCAGCUCAUUAAGAUCCAAGAGGGCGUUGGGGAGGGCAGCGUGCUGUUCCACAGUUUCGUGCACAAGACGGAGGAGGAGCUGCAGGCCAUCCUGGCAGCCAAGGAGGAGAAGCUGCGGCUCAAGGCCCAGAGGCAGAAUCAGCAAGCCCAGAACGUCCAGCGCAAGCAGGAGCGGCGAGAGGCCCACAAGAAGAAGAGUCUGGCGGGCAUGAAGAGAGCACGGGCUGACGGUGACAGUGAUGCUGAGGACCCAGGCGCGCCCCCAGAGGCAGAGGGGUCUGCCCAGCAGGAGGAGGAAGAGGAUGAAGCUGAGUAUUUCCGCCAGGCAGUGGGCGAGGAACCUGAUGAGGACAUGUUUCCCAGGGUGACCAAGCGGAGACUGCACACUGGACCUCCAGGCAAGAAGCAGCGGGUGAAGGAGAGGAGGCCUGACCAAGGCAGGGGUCAGGAUGGUGGCCAGAGGCCUCUGAAGCCCAAGGGCAGACCCCGAGGACCCCGGGUCAAGCCAGGGUACAGAGGGGUUGCCCGAGACCAAAGCCGUGGGAAGCCAAAGAAGAGAGGGGCUUGAGUUCAAGCCCAGCAGUGGAUAGAAUGCCCCAGAUUGGGGCCUGAAAGAGCUGCCCUGGGGCUCCCAGGCGCAGCCCUUGGUUUCCUUUCAUAAAGGAGCUGUAGCCCCCAACCCCGAUCCUCGCACAUCAGUAAAUGACUGAACUUGA